AUGUCCGAGUCGGUUUUGCAAUCGGAGACCGAAAUACGUGAUUCAACUUCAGACAUGAAGCGAGGAAAAAUGGAUGGAGGUGAUGAAGACAAGAGAACUGAGAGACGGUCGCGAUCACCGAAGCGCGAUGAUUCCAGGGCAUCUAGUUACAGAUCUCGAAGAACUGAAGACGGCGAAAUUCGAACUUCGUCUCGAUCUGAAAGAAUG